CGUCCUUGUCACCGACCAUCACUUCGCGUAUGUGUUCCCUCGCCGGUCGUGCUUGAACACAUCCAAAACAUAAUACGACAUGAAGAAGAAGGUGUUGCUCAUGGGCGCGUCCGGGUCGGGCAAGACCUCGAUGCGUUCCCUCAUCUUCUCCAAUAAUCCCGCCUCCAUGACCUCUCGGCUUGGCGCGACUAUCGACGUCGAGCAGAACCACGUCCGCUUCCUCAACGACCUCAUCCUCAACCUCUGGGAUUGCGGCGGGCAGGACGCCUUCAUGGACUCGUAUCUCUCCACGCAGAAGGCGACGAUCUUCUCCUCCGUCGGCGUGCUCAUCUACGUCUUCGACGUCGAGUCGCGCGAGCGGGAGAAGGACCUGCUGUACUGGGAGGACUGCAUGGAGAGCGUGAAGACGUUCUCGGCGGACGCGCGGGUGUUCUUGCUCGUGCACAAGAUGGACCUGGUGGGGAAGGAGCAUGAGCGGGAGGAGGUGUUGGGGAAGCGCCGGUCGGAGCUCGUGGGGAAAGCGGCGGAUAUGGGGUGGCGCGAGGGGGAGGCGGAGGUGUUUGGGACCAGCAUCUACGACGAGAGCCUGUAUAAGGCCUGGUCCAGCAUUGUACACACCCUCAUCCCUAACGCGCCCACCCUUUCCAAGCACCUCACCACCUUCGCCCGCGCCUGCAGCGCCACCGAGGUUGUCCUCUUCGAGCGCACCACCUUCCUCGUUAUCGCCACCUCCACCGCCCCCCACCCCUCCGCACCCAGCCCAGACUCCAUGCCCGGCACGCGCUACGAGCAGACCUCCGCGCUCAUCAAGCACUUCAAGCACUCCCUCUCGCGCGUCCGCUCCGAGUUCUGCUCCCUCGAGCUCGACCUGGCCGAGUUCACCGCCGUGCUGGACGAGAUGACGCGGAAUACGUACGUGCUGGUGAUCUGUCAUGGCACGGGUGUUGAAACUGCAGCUGUAAAGCUGAAUAUUCGCAUGGCAAGAGCCAAGUUCGAGGAACUUCAGCAAGCGGGCUAGACUGUCUUCCCCUCUUUACUCCCUUGCAUCUUGGCUUACUACCUGUUCCCUUGCUCCUCCAUCCAACGCAUUCGCUGAGUCCUCGCCACCCUGACUUAUCCUCGUAUAUUAUUCACCCAGUGCUCGUCUUCCUUCAUCCCAUCCGCUGUACGAUUCUCAUCGCUUUCCAAGUAUCAUAGACCAUGUACCUAUACCUCCCUAAUUCCCCGCCCCCGCUGCCCCGACGCUAUGCAUUAAACCAUGCCCAAAAUAUGUUCAAUGACACUGGAGUGACGCUGCUCCUUCCCUCAUCGAAUGCGUGCACCCUCGUGUUGUCGCGCACUAUGCGCCCUUGCAACCUAGCCCGGCGCUGCAGCGUCGCGGGAAAGAUGUUAUCCGUGCGAGAGACAUGCUGUACCA